AUGAAUAAUGUAAUAAAAUAUAAAAAUAAAUUUUCACCAUUUAUAUUUCAAAGGAAAAUAAGCACACUACCAAAUAGUAUGAAAAAUGAUUAUGAAAUAAUGAAAACAAUUGUACAUAAAGAGAAAAAAAAAAAUUUUCGAAAUAUAUUUUUAUGUGUAAGCUUAAUUAAUAUAAGUACAUUUAUAUUUACUGUUCAUAAUUAUUAUAUAAAAAAAGACCCAAAUUAUUUUUCAAAAAAUGAUAUAAAUAUUAUUGAUCAUAUAAUAUUAAAUAAUGUUGUAAGCUCAUUAGGUUUAAAUAAUUUAAGUUUAUAUAUAAAAAACGGGUUUUAUACCAAAUUAGUAAAUAACAUAAAAAAUGAAAAUUAUUCAGCCAAAGAAAAUGCUUUGUUAAGUUUAUUGGAAUUGCUUUAUAAGAAUAAAAAUUGUUUUGUAGAAAUUAUAGAAAAUUAUAAAAAUGAAAAUGCAGAUAUAUUGAAAUAUAUUUUUGAAAAAAUCAAAAAUGAUAAACUAGAAAAUACACAAAAAAAUGUUUUUUCCUCAAUAAUUUUUUAUUACAUAAAAUAUAGCAGUGGUUGUGGUAACACCUUUUUGACUUAUGACCAAAUUUGGGAACUUGUAUUUAACAAGAAUUUAUUUCAAAACCAUAAAGACAGAGAUGAAAUCAUAUCUUAUUUGCUAUUAAACAUUUUUAAGAACGAAAAAUAUAUUAAUGAAGUUAUUCAAAGAGAACAAAAGAUUUGGAAUACAGAAAUGGAUGAACAUAAAAACAAUCAAACAAAUGAUAAUAAAAUAAAAGGAAAUAAUGAAAUAGAUAAAAAUAAUAAUUUAUAUAGUAAUGAAACAAAAUCAAUAAUACACUUUUUAAUUUAUUGUAAAUAUGGAAAGACUGCAAAAAAUUCUAAUCCUAUUUUAAAAUUUUAUUUAGACAUUACAAAAAAUAAUGAAAAUUAUUAUAAAGAAGAAACUUUAAAUUUAUUUGAAAAAUAUUUUAACAAAUUGAAUAUUCCUUUUUUUUUAGAAAAAAAUGAUAAUAUGGAAAUCGAAAAAAAAAAAUCUUAUAGCAACAUUAUAAAUAAAAUAUAUAUAAAAUAUUUUGAAAAUACAGUUCUCUAUACUUUUUUUUUUUCAUUUGCACUUCAUAAUAUAUAUGCAAAAGAAUAUACUAUUAAAACAUAUCUAUAUAUAUUAAAUGAUAUAUUUAAAAGUAUUUAUAUUAACACUUUAAUUAAUUCUAUUUUUUUAGUACAAAAAUCUGUUAUCAAUAAUAUUGAUAUUAACAAUGACACACCUACAUUUUUUUCUCUUUCCCUUUUGUUUAACCUUUUAAAUUCAACCUUAUUUUCUUAUUCCAUAUACAAGUGCAAAUACGGUUUUAUCCCCCUUGUAUUUUCACAGAUUGUAAAGGAUAAUUUUUUUCUUUAA